ACGGGAAGUUUGAACGCAGACAAAACGUUAAUAGGAAUAUCAUCAAAUUUCCAUUGCCAGGAGGCCGUAAAGUUGAAGCCGUUUGCUAAGAACUGCGCAGAAAUGGCCACUUCUGAUGUGGUAAUGGAAGCAGACAGCGGAUUUGUGCGCAACAUACGGUCUCCUGGCUCAUCAGAUCUUAUUAUAAAGGUUAACGGGAGGGAUGUAGACGAAUAUGACGAGGAACGGGAUGAAAUGAUUGGAGAAGGCUUGUUCUCUUUCGAUGAAGAUAUGGUGCCAGAAAAAGAAACGGGUAAUUUAAAUGAAAGGUCUGCGAUGUUAGAUCUAUUUUACGAUGUUCACUCCAAUGAUUCUGGUAAUUUUGAUAUGUCUCAGGCGCAUUUGACUUUUAAUGAAGGCAGUGCGGAUAUGACUGCUAGAGCAAGACACCUUGAAAAUUCACGGGUUAUGGAGAGAGAUCUGCAUGCAAGCUCAGUAGAAUUGGAAGAUGAAGAGGCGGAACCAUUCCAAAAAACAAGCUCUUUGGCAUAUGGCUGUUCGCUUCCAAUAACGAUUCCUUCAGGUCGUUUUUGGCCACCACGCGAUGCCAUUGAUAGCAUUGAAGACAGGGAGAUCCUUGAUUUUGGUGAAAACCGUAAACUGAUUGACAAAACUAUUUUGCCUCAGCGCUCGCCAAAAAAUCUCUAUGGCGAGAUGCGUGCCCAGGCUCGUUCAAUUCAGGCGGCUGACGAUCCGGAACGUUUAUUUGGAGAGCGUCCGUCACGACGUCGUUAUCAAACGGGUGAAGGAUGGAUCACAUCUCAGGUAAAUGCACCACUGCAGAUGUACACUGAUGGUGUUGAUGCCACGGUUGCUGCUGAUGUGGAAGAACAAAUAUCGUAUUAA